AUGAGGUCAGGAUCCGCCCGAAAACGCCCUUCAGACGCUGACGAUCACUGCCAAGCGACCCAUGGGGCGCGGAGACGGAUCAGCAGGGCCUGCGACCGGUGCCGUGCGCAGAAGGCCAGAUGCGAUGGAGGAAAGCCCUGCAUUCGCUGCGGGGACAACAUCCCUUGCGUCUAUCAGGAGAAGAAGCCGCUGCGACGCAAGUAUCCCGCUGGAUAUGUGGAUAUGUUAGAGGAACACCAGGCGUAUCUGAUCACCGGUUUGAGGAAGUUAUACGAAUGCAUUCAGCAGGAUGCCAAACUCCCAGAGGUCGAUCGCGACGGCAAUAACCGACCGAUUGUCCACGAACUGCUCGAUAAACUGGGUAUCUUUGAGGAACCGAUGAAGGAGCAUAGGCCGACAAUGACUGGAAGCAAAGCGGACGCAAAACCGUCUCUGGGACGUCUGGAUGGAAACAAUAUCGUGCGCGGAGCCAUAACCAGGUUGCCAGAGUCAUCUAGAGCCUGGUCAUCCACUCAAGACGUUAAACCCACUCUUGCCUCAAGUUCAAAUGCAGGGCUGAAUCUCCCCCGCCGCUUGACACUACCGAACCAUAUCCCUCUCAAUACGGGGAUGGCACAACAGCGGUGUGCGCGCUCGCGCCACGGUCAAGCCGGUGCGGCGGGGUUCAAUCGCCGUCAACGACCAGUCGAUCUCAGCAAUGGAUUCUGGAGGUGGUCGUUUGACUUUGCCGACUUUCUGGCUGUCUCGAGUCGGGAUGGAUUGUGA